UCCGCAGGCGGCACGAUGGCGAUCGAUACGGCAGUGAAAUGUUCAAAGUGGGAUAUUUUAGGAAAAGCUCGACAUGCACAGGAUGAGAAACACGAUCACUGAGGAGACCAACUCGACGAGAGUGAAAGCUGAUAUUAAAUGUAACGGAAAGUGCCAGUCCACCUGAGAGGACCACACCUGAGACCUGAAGGCCAGAAUGACCUCAACACAUCGUUAACGCCUGCACUGUCCCACCAGCAGGAGCAGGAGGUGGAAACCAUAGCAACAGACAUGUUGUGUGUGUGUGUGUGUGAGGAUGCCUCUCUGUUUUAUUAACGUUGCACCAGAGUCUGAGGCGGUACCCAAGAAUGAGCUUCAGCAAAGUCGAUGGAAGACAGACAACUGUGCCACGGAUAUUGCCAUGGAAGACGAACUGCUGGAAGACGACUUGAUGUGUAGACCACAACAAUAAUUAAACAUGUAUCUUCUUAUGGGCUGAUAUCCACUGACAGUAGCUGCCAUGGCUUUCUGUAAUGAAAGCCUGCUGGAGGACUGUGCCUUCAUGGAGGCGGACAAGGUGGAGGAAGCAGCAGAAAGUCUCCCGUCUGAAGGCGCGACUCCUGUCAUAUCGGUCACUCUGCGUGUGACCCUGGCAGCCAUAAUGAUCUUCAUGAUUACUAUUGGUUUCCUUGGCAAUGCGAUAGUGUGUCUGAUAGUUUACCAGAAACCUGCAAUGCGUUCUGCUAUCAAUCUCCUCCUCGCCACGUUGGCCUUUUCGGACAUAAUGCUCUCUCUGCUCUGUAUGCCCUUCACUGCGGUCACUGUGGCCACUGCUGACUGGAGCUUUGGAAGCGGGUUCUGCCGAGCGUCCAUCAUGCUGUACUGGCUGUUUGUCCUGGAGGGUGUGUCCAUACUCCUCAUAAUCAGUGUGGACCGUUUCCUCAUCAUUGUGCAGCGGCAGGACAAGUUGACCCCACACAGAGCUAAACUGUUGAUCGCAGGUUCGUGGGUGCUGAGCCUGUGCGUGUCUCUACCAUCUGUAGUUGGGUGGAGGACAGGUGCGGCAGGUAUUGGGGGUGCCUGGGCGCCGCAGUGCGUGCUGGGAUACAGUGACUCUCUGGCAGACCGCGGAUACACAGUGCUGUUGGCAGUAGCAGUAUUCUUUGUGCCAUUUGCUGUCAUGCUGUACUCGUACAUGUGCAUCCUCAACACGGUGCGCCGCAACACCCUGCGCAUCCACAACCACACCAGUGAGCAUUCCUGCCUGCCAGCCCUCAACCAAGUCAGCAAAAUGAGACUUACAGGGCUGCAGCGGCCCCCUCAGAUCAAGGUGGACAUGAGCUUCAAGACCAGAGCCUUUACCACCAUCCUCAUCCUCUUUGUCGGCUUCUCCGUGUGCUGGUUGCCGCACACGGUGGUCAGCUUGCUGGCCGUGUUUAGCCGGCAGUUCUACUACAGCUCGGUCUUCUACCCAGUCAGCAUAGGUGCUCUGUGGCUCAGCUACCUGAAGACGGUGUUCAACCCUGUCAUCUACUGCUGGAGGAUCCGAAAGUUCAGGGAGGCCUGUCAGGAGUUCAUUCCCAAGAGCUGCAGACUGUGUCCCAGAGUGCCGGGCAGGAGCCGCAGGAGAGUGAGGCCCAGCAACAUCUAUGUGUGCAGCGAGACCCAGUCAGCUGUGUAAAACAAGACCAGUUGGCUAUCAGCUGUUUUUAACUCUUACUUUUUCUCAUAGUAAGCUAUAAGAGGCUACUAAAGUUAAUCUUAAAAUAAUAUACUGGAUGUUGACAAAAUAAUUUCACCACAAGAAUAAACUUUAAAUCUCAACUUUUAAGCCAACAUAGAUGAGAAGAUUUGAACAUUGACAGUUCUGUGACAAAUGGCCGACUCCCAUCUGCUGAGGAAGGUCGUGUGAUACAAUCGAGAGCUCCAGAAUAAGCUACCGAAUGGACCUUGUGGUGAGAUUAUUUUGGCUGCUUCAUCCAAGAUCAACAAAGAACUUUCAGUCUCAAGAUAUACUGGUUGAUUUGACUUCAUGGACAUUAUGGUUUUUGAAACUAAUUCAAAUAACAUCUUAUCCUCCAUUGUCCAUUUUCUUCUCUGUUUCAUCAUUUGUCCCUGAAGUGUUUCAUCUGUGUCACUGUUUCUUCAGACAGACUCAAUCUUCAGUCUUUGAGUGGUAGUGGUGAUAAUACUUUUGUCUGUUAUGUGAGUUUCACAAAAAAUGCAAACACGGUAUUAAUGUUCAGUGAUGUUCUCAGAGGAAAGUCUGUAAAAACAGAUUUUAAAUGAGGUGUGUGCUGAAACACAAUUUUACGUAAGUUAUUUAAAACCCUGAGUGUGUUAACAAAGAGGUGUGUCAGUUAUCGAGAUGUGAAUGUUUACUUGAUUGUAUUAUUGUGUCACGAUAACCAAACCAGGUAAAUAAAUAUAGUUUUUUGAAGGAGGGUGCAUUGACAAACUGAAGUGCUCGGAUGAAAAACGCUUUCUAGCCAGCUGCUUUUACAAUGUACAUAAACCACAUCGGUACAUAAUGGAAAUCGUUUCGGGUUGCUGGGAUACCAAAGACAUCUAUUCACUGUGAGUGGAUGUGUAUAUAUAUAUAUAUAUAUAUAUAUAUACUUCACUAAAGACAACACCCACAGCAGUUUGUGUAUUGAAUCAGAUUAUAUAAUCCCACAAAAAAUGUAACGCUUAUGCUAAAUGAACAAAUGAAGUGAAAGAACUGUGUGUAGCAUUUUAAAUAUGUGUGGGAUUAUGAUAUUGAUAAAUUAUUACUGCAUUCAUUUUGAGAUAUUUGUAUUAAUGAUAUAUAGCUGGAAGCCCAUCAUUAACAACACAUGCAGCCUCAGCCAGCCAAAUAGAGGUUGUAUUUCUCUACGGCACAAA